UUGAAGGAAAGACCAGAGGAGAAGCCUGAGCUGUCCAGUUGUGUUUUGUCCUGUUUUGUCUUUCAAGAACAGCCUUAAAACACUGUGAGGUCAAGAAAAGUUGUUCUUCUUGCACUGUGCAGAAAUCCUACCAGAGAAACUCCAAUUUCCUGUCUUGUGUGGAAUGAUCUUCCAUUAAGCAGAAGAAGAGGCCCAAAACUACAAACUGAGCUAUGGAGGGGAAUGAAAUUCUGGCUUCGGGAUUCACCAUCUUCACUCUCCUGCUGCUUGUCAUCACCGUCAUGGACCAUCACUGGAUCUUAGUCCAAACAGAUAGGCAGGCUUACUACAGUGGCAUUUGGAAAGUCUGUAUACAGCUGGUGUGUGCCAACAUCAUUGCCAUGUCACCCAAUGUUCAAGGUGCAAAAACACUGCUGGUUCUGGCUCUUUUUUCUGGGUUUGUUGGUGCUUCAUUUAUGACAUUCACCUACCGCUAUUCCUCAAGCUUUACAAUAUACCGGUACCUUGUUGCAGCAAUGGGAUCUUUUAUCACAGCUGCCUUGGUGUUUUUAGCUAUGAGUGUUUACACCAUCCGCAUCUCCACCCAUGCAGUCAGCAGAACAGGGAAGGUCACAUACCAAUGGUCUUUCUACUUUGCCUGGGCAAGCUGUCCUCUCUUCAUUUUAAGUGGUUUCCUUGGACUGAUGGCCCAUCAGCGGGUUUUGAUGCAAGUGGCUGCCUUGACAGACAAGGAAAGCACAAGCUCUUCAUCCUACUCAAGCUGGACCACUGCCUCAUCAAGCUAUGCUGGUGAUGAAGAAGAAGAGGAAGAAGAGGAGGAGGAGGAGGAAGAAGAGGAAGAAGAAAGAGAAGAAGUAGAAAAUGUAACACAGCCAGAACGUACUAACGUAAUUAUCAGGCCUUCUUCAGCUAGGCUCACUUUGGUGACAUGAUGUGGAUUUACAGUCAUCCAUGGGUGCUGUGAGAUUCUAGAUCACUGAACUGUAUGCAUUGCAUAUGUGUAGAUGAGUGAGAAGAUUUGUGUGUGAACAUGUGUGUGAGAGAUGUUAUGUAGGUGGAGCGAUUCUCAGAAUGACUCAACUGUCAUUUCUUGGCAAUAUUAAAUAAUGAAUUAUUAUAUUUGA